AUGUGUCGUUGGUUCGCUUAUAUUGGAGAAGAGCCUACACUGCUCGAAGAUGUUCUUAUUAGACCAAAACAUUCUAUUGUCAAACAAAUCGAUGUACAUUUUCUUCCAAAUCUUCACAUUACUUAUAAUCCUCAUCAUGGUCGAAAAAUGCUUACCUCAGGUGUCGCAUCGGAUGAACAUGGUCCAAAUCAUUUAACAAAUAUCGAUGGAUUUGGUAUAGGUUAUUAUACGGGUGUUGCUGCUGAAUUCAAUGAUGAUCAUGUGAAUAAACCAUGUGUCUACAGAAAUACUCGUCCACCACUUAAUGAUCUCAAUAUGAUGUCUUUGUGUGCUCAUACAUCAACUAAGUGUGUAUUUGCUCAUAUUCGUGCAGGUUCAAGUUUUUCACCAACAGUCGAAACUAACAACCAUCCAUUCGUCUUUGGUCGAUAUAUGUUUAUGCAUAAUGGAUUCGUAGGGAAUUUUUUGAAAAUCAGGGUGGCAUUAUUACAAAAGUUAUCAACAGCUGCUUAUACAAACAUAU